UGGUAUUAAAAAAAAUCGUAGACAAAAGUGAGGAGAUUGGUCUUCUCAAUAAUUUUGUGAAUUAUAACACGAGGUUAUUAACUUGUACAGAGUAGUGAAUUUCAUUAAUCGUAUAUUAAAUUAAAAACCUGUAAUAUGUUAAUGGAAUUGGCUGAUGAAAACGAACAGAGCGACAGCGGAAUGGAAUCUUUGACAGCAAGCAAAGAUGAUACUCCAGAACGUAGACCUGAAGAUACAUUCAUUACCCCUACGUUGGGGACGUCUCCUACAGCUAGUAACCCGCCCAAUAUUCUAUCCCUCAAAGAAUAUGAUGAUGAACCCGAUGAAUCAUUGUCUGAGAGACUAUGGGGAUUGACAGAAAUGUUCCCAGAAUGUGUCCGAAAUGGCACACACACUGUUACUACAAAUACUUGGUCAGGUGUAAAAAAUUUAUACCAAUUAUCUCGAUCCCUGAUGUGGAUUGUGGCAAGCUCCUCAGUCAUUUUAUUUGCUCCAGUCAUAUUUGAGGUUGAACGUGCACAAGUUGAAGAAAUGCAGAAGUCACAACAAAAACAGGUGUUACUGGGAACAAAUGCUUCUAUGACAGGACCUAUGCCCAGCCUACCUCCAAUGCCACGAUAAAGAAACCAAAUUAUAUUAUAUUACAAUAGUUUGCACUUAAUUAUGUUAUUAUUAUAAAUACACAUUAUAGUGUUAACAUGUAAAAUGCUUUAAAGUUAGUUAAUUGAAUAGGCAAGUAAUUUGUCAUCUGGCAAUCAAAUGAAAAAAUUGAAAUAUUGCAAUAGGUCUACCAUAAAUGCCAAAACUGGUAAUGUGAGAAUUCUUAAAAGUGCAUUUCAUAUUUUACCUUUAUUUUAUGGUUUUGUCUCAACGACAAAUGAAGUAUGUAUACAUAUGAUUUUGAGAAUGUAGAUAUUAUUUUGUUGAUACCUAAUAGAGGAAUAAAAUGUCUAAAAUAUAA